GAGUUGUACAUUCGCAUGCCACUCGAUCUGGUCACUCUCUCUUACCUUCGCUUCUUGAUUCUCUCUCCUCUCCUUUUAUCUACCUGCCAGUCUAUGGCCGUCUUUCCAUAUUCAUCAUCAUCUCCUGCUGCUACAAAAACCCCACCUCACACGGCAUUCAGAUACUGAAACUACUCCAUCAACCCUCUUUGUCUUCUGAGCCUUAUGGGAUUGCAUGCAUGAAAGGGAUCCAAAGCCUGUUUGCUCAUGAUCUAGUCAGAUUACAGCAGAGUAAAUAUCAAAACUAUGCGGGAAAAAUCAGGCACAUUUGACAAGCUGGAGUCCGCUGUGAAAAGCAUUUCACAUGCAUCAACUGAUUCACGGAGUUAUUUGAGUGGUUUUGAAAAUAACAGCGUCUCCACAGAAGUAUUAGUGUUUGGUAAUAGCAGAUCAAGUCUAACCUUGCCUAGCCAACAAAAUGCUGGACUGGUGACAACAUCUAAUGAAUUAGAAGCAAAGUUUUUGGAGAAAAGUGGAGGUGAAAUAUACAGAGAAGUGGAAACUGCAAAGUUCCUAGAAUCAGACCAAAAUAGUGCACAAGAACUUCUCAAAUUCUCAAGUAUAGCUUCUCCGACGAUGAGCGAACAUCUAAUACCAGUUACUCAACUGAAACUUGCAUGCACAACAUAUCCUUGUCCAGAAUCAUCUUUUUGGGGUAAUUCGCCUGAUCAUGGUCAAACUUGGGAAAAUGGCAUGCAUGGAAAAAGUGAUUCUGGCAACCGUUUCCUGCUUUCAGAUGACAGUUUAGAGCAUAGGGGCACGCUGUAUGGAAUUUCUGAUGUGGAGCUGAGUGGGGAGAUUGAUUCAGUGCAUCCAGACUUGCAAAGUAUGCACGACUCUAGGUUGGCAUUGCCUCUUGAAUUGGCGGAGGAACCAGUGUAUGUGAACGCGAAACAAUACCAUGGGAUUUUAAGGCGAAGACAACUGCGCGCAAAGGCUGAGUUGGAAAAUAAGGUGGCGAAAGCUAGAAAGCCGUAUCUUCAUGAAUCUCGACACUUGCAUGCUAUGAGAAGAGCCAGAGGUUGCGGAGGCAGGUUCCUGAGCAAAAAGAAUGUUGAUAAAUCAGAUAGCCGUGCUGCUUCCAAGAAGAGCAUCGAUUUUAAUGCUACGCCCACAGAGAUGAAGGAUUCACUUGGUUCUCAGCAUCCCUUUUCCAGCACUUCUCAGAAGAGCUGUAACGAAGUGAGGGGGUUUCUGCUCCAAGAAAUGCAGAACACAAACACUUUUGAAUGGGGAUAUCAAUACCAUUGUAAAACUCAAUAACUACCAAUAGGGACUUCCAGGUAACCAUCGGACUGGAAAGUUGGGAUGGAGAAAUUCCUCACCACUGCUAAAAAGUGUCUUUUAGCUUGAUACAAUGUUGAUAGCUUGUAAAGUUGUGUGUGAUACUGUGACACAUUCUGCAGCUGUGAAACGGGCGUUUCUAUAAGAGGGAUGGAUUGUUCUUACGAGCAAAAUUUUGGUCUGAGAGUUUCGGUUGUAUAGUUAACGUAUUUCUGGUGGCAUAUGAACCAAUUACUGAUAUAUUUAGCAGUAUGGCUGCAGCUGCUUAGCUAUCAAAACAAUCUUAUGACACUAUAAUUAUUAGCCUCAA